AUGGCCCCCCUAACCAGUCUCAGAAGGUAUAUGAACAAGCAGACGGAGGUAGUUCUGUUCUCCUCCACCGCCAUUGCCCUCUAUGGCUACGAUCAGGGGUUGAUGUCCCUCAUCAACACCAAUUUUGACUAUCUUCAAACCAUGGGCCUGGCAGAGAGCGAUCCCAUGGUGGGUGUCAUCGUCUCGGUCUACUAUCUGGGUUGUGCAGUGGGCGCCGUGCUUGCGUCUUUCUUUGCAGACGCCAAAGGCAGAAGACCGGGAAUAUUUGCUUGUCUUGCCACAGCUAGUUUGGGAAAUCUGUUGAUGUUCAUAGCUGGAUUGUGGACAAGCAAGGGCGCAAUGACUCUGAUGCUCAUUGGAAGAACAGUCAUGGGUCUUGGAGUUGGUGGCAUCGACGCUGUCGUGCCCGUCUACUCUUCCGAACUCUCCUCCGACGACGCGCGGGGCACCGCAUUGGCCCAAGAAUUCCAAGCCAACGUCUUCGGCCUCAACAUGGCCUUCGCUAUCAACCUGCUCCUGACGAACCAACUCAGCAAAUUCAACCAAUGGGCCUGGCGCCUCCCCAUCAUAAUCAUGCAGAUAUAUCCAAUCAUGCUCUUCGCGGUCUCGACCCGCUUGCCCGAAACGCCCCGCUGGCUUGUCCUGCACAACAAGAAAGACAGAGCCAAAAAGAGCCUGAUCCGAGUGUUUGGCGAAGAAGGCGCCCAGGAACAACUCGACGAGCUCAUCACCGCGCACGAGAAAGAACAAAAGGACGGCAUGGUUUCCUACUCCGACAUGCUCUUCCCCUCCGGUCCGCAAUUCCACCCGACGGUCAUCACGGUGAUGGGCCAAAUCAACCAGGCCCUAACCGGCUACGGCGCCGUCUCCGUGUACGGACCGCAGAUCUUCGAACUCCUCGGUUUCGCCGUCAUGACCGCCGAAUACCUCACGAUGGGGAACUACCUCUUCUACCUCAUCAUGAUGACCUUCGCCUGGCUCCUCAUCGACCGCAUGGGCCGACGCUGGCUCCUGGUCCACUCCGCCUGGCUUCUGGCCCUCUCCUUCCUCAUCCUGACCCUCCUGGGCGGCCUCGCCACGAACAACACCCAACUGCACAUCUCCCCCCUCUCCGCCGGCAUCCCCGGCGUGAUAAUCCUCUACCUCGCCACCUCCACCUUCGGCAUCGGCUGGCUCGUCCCGCCCUGGCUCAUCCCCACCGAGAUCUACCCCUCCAGCGCCCGCGCCCAAGGCUCCGCCAUCUCCGUCAUCAUCUGGGGCUUUGCCAAUUUCGCCGUCACGCUGCUGACCCCCAUCGGCUUCAACCAUCUCAAGUACUGGCUGUUCCUGGUGUUCGCGGUCACGAACGCGUUUGCCGGUUGGUGGACCUGGAUGUAUUGUCCCGAGAGUGGCGGGAGGAGUUUCGAGGAGAAUCAGGAUUUCUUCGCCGAGGCGGGCGAGAAGGGCAGGUGGAAGGUGAAGGUGGUCAAGGGUGGGGAAUGGUUGGAUAUGCCGGAGCAGGGGAGCGAUGAGGAAGAGGGGGAGGGGAAUAAAGCGGAUGAUGGCGGGGAGAGGCAGCCGCUGUUGGGUGGGUUGAUGCGAGGUUCAUCGUGA